AUGUCCGACACCAAGAUCCAAGAUCUCCUCAACAAGCCACGGAGUGAGCUGACUGAAUACGAAGUCUCUGUGCUCGAAGAACAUGAACUUACUACCGGCCCUCUUUCCAUCCUCCAAACUGCUACCCGAUCUCACUCUCAAGUCCUGAUCUCAUGUCGCAACAACCGCAAGCUUCUCGCGCGUGUCAAAGCUUUCGAUCGCCAUUGUAACAUGGUUCUAGAGAAUGUCAAGGAGAUGUGGACUGAGAAACCCAAGGGUGGCAAGGGUAAAGGCGUCAACAAAGAUCGGUUUAUCAGCAAGAUGUAA